AUGCCACUUAGGUUUGGAUUGUGUCCGGUUUUUGAGUUUGACCAAAUCCGGCUGCAGCGGAUUCGGACUCGGGCUGGGCCUGUUGUGUCCCCGGGUGCCCCCCGGUGGCAGCCAUACCGCCCAUUCUGGUCUCUUCUGUUUUGGAAAAACUCAACCUCAACGACAUCGACGCCGACGAUGUUCGCCCAAGUGGAAACCCAGAAGCAACAGCAACACUCCGAAGCAUCCAACCAGCUCAGACUGCUCAAACGGUCCAUCGAAUCCAGCCAGCCACCGGUCUCCAGCAGCAGACUCACCAACCAGAACCAGAACCAGAACCAAAACCACAACCAUAACAAGAAGAGAACCAACAAGCACCGACUCAUCUCAUCCGACCCCAUCCAGCACAAAACUAACAAACUAUCGAAAACAUCCAACCCCAACAGCACUCCCAACAACAGCCACACCACCCCUCAUCGGUCGCGACAGGUCCCUCGUCGGUCCACCCUAUCCAACAGACUAUCCUCGAAUCGAUUGCCAAGCUCGACUCAUCGCCCAGCCCGAAUCACCGGAACCCACGCCUCUCAAUCCGAAUCAGCCAUCGAUGUGCUCCGUAAACUGCUCCAAGCUCGCUGGGAUCCCGUCACCAAACUCCUGGAUCUUGCUAACCUCGCCCAGGAUAAGAUCCUCAAGGCUGUCGGGAUCGCUGCCCCCGGUCAGAAGGGCGCACCUCAAAGGACUGCCGGCGCCAUCUGGAAACUGUGCAAAGAGAUCUGUCCAAACGUGCGAUCGAUAUCCUUGGCAGAUAACCAGCUACAGACCUUGCAGCCAAUGUCCAUCAGCAACCUGAUCGCCACCUUGCCCGAGCUUGCCAAUCUCUCCCUAGCAGGAAACCGACUCGCCUCGUUCUCCGAUCUCAACGCGCUUUCACCAACCACCGCGCGAGGAGGCGCAACCACAUCCUCCACUGGAUUCGUCGCACUCCGCGAGCUGAUCUUGACCGGAAACCCACUCAGGGCAGAUGCGGAGAAGGCUGGACCGCCCGGCUUGCAGAACUAUCUGGUCGAGGUUGUCCGGCGAUUUCCCAGCUUGGAGGUGCUCGAUGGAGAGGCGAUCGAUCCGACGGCCAAAGCGACGAUUGCCGCGAAUGCACCUCAGCCGAGCGCGAUGCUCCAAGAUCCCAACAAGCACGUCUCGCUGAAUACCAUCCCUCAGCCAGCCCUGCCAAUGUCCAUCAAGCCUGCCUUCCUCAACGACUCUACCACCUCGAGCUUUGUCGCCGGCUUCUGUCUCCAGUUCUUCAACGCCUUCGACCAGGACCGCAGCAGUCUUAUUGAUGUAUAUGCUACCAAAUCUUCCUUCAGUCUCUGCGCCUCGCCCUAUAUACCCUCCCGCUCCAAAAUGGCUGGGUUGACACGCAACCAGCCCCAUAUGCCUGCCCAACAAGUUCCCUCUUGGAACGAAUAUAUCAGCAUCAGUCGCAAUAAUGCUCGGCUGAAGGGACCAAAGCUUUGCGAUAGGCUGGCGAAUGGACCAGCGGAGAUCGUCGAGUACAUGAAGCAGAUUCCGGGCACCAAGCACCCGCUGGACGUAGCAGACAAAUUUGUGGUAGAUUCGUGGCAGAUGCCGGGGCUGGUGCACGAGAGCACGUCGCCGGGCGGCGCGGUGAUCUACCUGACCAUCCACGGGGAGUUCCAGGAGUUCCCUUCGCUGACGGUGCGCAGCUUCGACCGGACCUUUCUGCUCGGCGCCGCCGGGCCUGCUUCUGCAGCCGCGCUGAAAGGAUGGCCGUGUGUUAUCCUCACUGAUCAGCUGACCGUCCGCGCGUACUCGUCUCCUCAAGCGUGGUCCACCGUGCCUGCGCCUGCGCCUCAACCGCCCGUCUUGGCACCCACUCAGCAGCCGCAAUCGGCGCCUAUCCCCAAACCCGAGCUGACGAGUGACGAGAAGAACGAGCUGGUGAAGAUCCUGAUGGACUUGACCAAGUUGAAUGUCCAGUUCACCGUCGACUGUCUCACCCAAAACCACUGGAACCUCGACGCUGCUCUCAAGAACUUCAACGAGAUUGUCAGCAGGGGCGGGCUCCCUUCCGACGCCUUCUUGCCCUCCUCUUAA